AUCAACAUACCGCACUGGGCAAUGUCCGGAGCUUCAACUCCGCCUCGUUAAAUGAUUAUGAGGCUGGGUUUCGAGAGAGCAACAUCUAGGCAAUUAUGUACGAGUUCAUAAUUUGUAUAAGAUCUAUCACCUGCUCGCACCAGCGCUGUGUUUUUUGUUCCGCUCUAUUCGUAGCGCCACUCAACUGAUUGCCAUGCCUUUACUUCGCAAAGCCUGCGAGUACGACAUCAUGGCCCUAUUACUGUGCUAUAUCUUCGCGACUAGCUUAGUCACUCCAGCUACAAUGGCCUCCCAUGGCCCACCGCAAUUUAUCCAAGCGGAAGAGUCCAGAAUAUACUCUCCAAUCCGCGAUGCCCUAAUUGGAGCCUCCAUAAUCCCCGACGUUCUCGAUGACUUCGAACCAACAUUCUCGCUUCUCAUAAGCUACCCGUCAACACACACAACAAUAGCCCUGGGCAGCUAUAUUUCGCCUAGCGCCGUCCGCUCACAACCUGUCUUCGAAUUCCACCCCUUCCUCAUCCCUCUAAGUUCAAAUACAAAUCCAAACCCAUCUCCCCAUCCAACGCCAGCAUCCAAGCCCCACCGCUCCGAAAAGUCUUACAGCAUAAUUCUCACAGAUCCUGAUGCAAAGAGCCGCAAGCAUCCCAUCUGGAGCGAAAUGUGCCAUUGGAUCGUGAGCAAUAUAUCAAUCCCCUGGCCCGUUAGCCUUCAACAACAGGACGCCAACAAUCCCAGCGUCACAUCCCCUUCGUACAACCUCAUCCCGCGGGUUCUGAAGUCCUACUUACCCCCCUCACCCCCGUCAGGCACUGAAUAUCAUCGGUAUGUCUUCGUGCUGCUGGAGGGUGACGCGGCGACGGCAUACAAUAUAACUGCUCCAAGGAAGCGGAAACAUUGGGGAUAUGGAGGGGUGAGGCGAGGUGUGCGUGAUUGGGCGAAAGAGUAUGGACUGGAGGUUGUGGGGGCUAGUUUCUUCUACGCCAAGGCGGCCCAGGGGGAUGAAUUGACGAUUGACUGAUGAUAACGUAUAUAUCGGAAGAAACAUUAUAUUUUGUUUGGCAUUGGUUUCGCCUUGUUAUUUUUUGGCUCCCUUGAGAUUGUGUCUAGACUUUUGGCCAAUUAUUGUGAAAUGGAAAUUUUUGGAAGUGGGAUUAACUUUUGAUUUGCCCGGUGUGAAGAGAAGCGAGUACAGGGAUGCUCGCACGUGUUGUACAGAGCGAAUUUAUCGAAAAAAGAAUAUUACCGGCAGGAAUAGCUUUUCAAAUAAUCGUGCUGGUACAUUUGCUUGCUAUAUAGCUGGAUCAACUAACUAAACGACGCACGCCAAAGUUGGACCCAGCGCACUCCCAGCAGACUAAAUGUAGUUGAAAUCGCAAGAGCUACUAGUCUAAGGUCAAAAAGAGGCCAUUUUCGCGAGUGACUGCUAAAGAAAGAAAUGAAAUGUAAAACCGAAUGCAAAAUGAAAUGGCAACAUAAUUGAGGGUGAUGUGAGGAAUAGGUUGGUGGUUUGCAGAA